AUGGUGGCUAUGAUUGUUUGUUUGGCGAAAGGUGAAGAGCAAACAGUGAUAUCUGAAAUAUAUUCACUUGAUGGUGACUUCGACAAGAUUCGGGCAUCUGCACACAUUCAAUUCGAAUUGACUCAUGUCAAUGGUGAACCGAGUGUCAUCAUCGAAACGGAACAAUGGUUACAUACAGGCCGCUAUAUAACUGUUACAACAAGACCGAAUAAUUGUCUCGAUAUCAAAUUGGUGAGCGGCACUAAUUAUCCAGCAAUCAAAGUGUAUGUUAAUUACCGCACACCUCUCCUUAGUUUGGAAAUAGAUGGAGCAUCGUCAAUGAGAUCAAAAAACGUCGUUUUUAGUAAUCCUUCAUCGCUUUUGAAUGUUGCACAUUCUGGAACUGGCAUCGUAAUGCUCGAACUACAGCACGGCUCUAAUAUUAAUGUUGCCAUAUCAGGUACAGGUCAACUCUCUUUAUCCGGUCGAGUUCAAGGGAAUGGACGAUUGAGUGUCUCAGGUACUGCGAACUUGGAUGCAAUCGCAUGUCCAAUGAACAUUGUGACUGUUGAAAUGUCUGGAACUGGAUUAGCUUCUGUUUAUGGCGUAAAAGGAGUUCAUGCCACCUUGAGCGGAUUUGGUAACAUUUGCUAUCGAGGACCUUUGCUUAGUCAAGUGAUAAGUGGUCUUGGCUCGAUCAGAGAGUGUAUUGUUGAACAGACGUCUACAGAACCUCAACAUUCAUCAUCGCAAAGUGACAAAAUCAUGGAUAGAAAUCAACGAUUAAUGGUGAUUCUUGCUACUACAGUUUUCUUUCUCUUCUUCUAA